AAUAUCAACCAAUACACCCACUUUCUCCUCACAUCUUUAUUAAAUAACCCUAAAACAUUAUUUUAGUAAUCAAAAUAAAUGAAUAUAAAAAGCAUAAACACGAGUUUAAAAAAUCAAAAUAGUGAAUGAGAUCGUAGUGGCCUUGAUGGGUUCCAGCUGAUGGCCAGCGUUACUUCACAAUACUACGCAGGCAGCACCACAUCUCUCUUAUUUCCUCUUUCAUGUCUCCUGCAAAAUGCCAAGCUUACCGGAGGCAGUUGACAUGAAGUAUGGCGAUGAAUGCCCUAAUGCACAAGUGACAGAAGUAGCAUGUGUGGCACUUACCCUCAAACGCUCAGGUCGCCAAAGACUUCCUUCUGUACUUAUUCUAUCCGAGUGCGAUAUAGAGAAGGCAGGAGAUGAAGAAGAAGUGGAAAGAAAAUGCGAAGGUGUGCGAGAACUGGAUUUAUCGAGAAACAAACUCAAGGAAUGGAAAGAGGUAUUCAAAAUACUACGACACUUACCAUCUCUGGGAUUUCUUAACCUAAGUUACAACUCUUUUGAAACCCCUAUACCCGAUCCUUCAGAAGUGGUCAGUCUCACAAACUUAACUCGGCUGGUUCUCAAUGGAACCAAACUUCCUUGGAAGGAUGUUCAUAUUCUUCUAGAAAAUGCACCAAGAGUAGAAGAAUUACAUCUAUGUAAAAAUGGCUAUGUGACGGUAGAGACAACUUCCCAGAAAUAUUCUUCAGUCAGUCGAGUUCACUUCAACAACAAUCCUAGUACAGACUGGCCAGAGUAUCACAAAAUACUGCAGAUCGAGUCCCUGGGUCAGAUGUUUCCAUACCUGGAGGUGUUGAUCCUAGCUGAGUGUCCUCUGGGCAGCCUCACCAAAGAUGGUCAUUAUCGGGAAAAUUUCCCAAAUCUCAAGUACCUUUCCCUCAACAGCACCAAAAUCUGCUCGUGGGAUUCGGUAGAUCUAGUCAACAAGUUUCCUAAGUUGACGGAAUUGAGACUACAGCAAUGCCCGCUGUAUGAGAAUUAUAAAGAUGAAGAGAGGCGACAGCUAACAAUUGCCAGACUUUGGAGAAUUCAGAGAUUAAAUGGUGGAGCUUUGAUCACUCCAGAGGAGAGAGAAAAUGCAGAGCGGGCAUUUAUUCGAUACUACAUGAACGAAGAAAGACGACCGAGUAGAUACGAAGAACUUGUUCACCAACACGGGGAGCUUGACCCCUUGGUGGAAGUGAGUCUUCAGCCAGAAAAAGAAGUGCAGGUGACAAUUCGGUUUGGGGAAUCGACCAUGCAGAAAGUUAUAAGUGUUUAUUCUAGAGUUUUGGACUUAAAAAAGGAACUCGAACCUGAGUUUGGAAUGUCACCUAGUAAAAUGCGGCUGUUUUACCACGACAAAGGUUUGGAUUCUGGAGUUCCUUAUGCACCUGAAGAGCUGAAGAUUAAUAGCAAGCAGCUAUACACUAUCAAUAUUCAUUCUGGAGAUGAGUUUAUUGUUGAACCUAAGGUUAAGCCCUGAGAUGUAACUAACUAUCCAGUCAGUUGUAUUUUGAACUGAUUAAAACUCAAGAAUAAUACUUUCAUUUGUAAAUGAAGUGUCUUAAGUAGAUGCUUGUGUUUUACUGUGUUUUUUAACAGGUAAAGUUACUUCAUAUUAAGAUUUCUUUUGCUUUUUACUUUCUAGUUGUGUUUUUGUGCACGUGCAUACACGGCCAGGAGCUGUGACUCAACACCCUGCAUACACAACUAGGAGACUGCACAUGUACAUUGCACACAAAUACACACAUGUACACACUAGGUACUGUACCACACAGAAUGGUAUUGUAUCCUCACCUGCUGCAAACAUAUGAGAACAUCGAUAAAGUGAAGUAACUGGUAGCCUCUCAAUCACCAGAAUAUUAUGAAAGCACAGCUAAAACAUUUAUACUUGACCGUGUGAAGCCUAAAGAAGAAAGUAGUUUACGGUCCAAGUUAGACCAAAAGUUUGUAAGUUUCUGUGUGAGAGUUAUUUAUGUGUUAUAAAAUGAUAAAUCAAAAUAGAAGUAAAAAAUAAGGGGAGAGGAAAGAAAAGAUAGGUGACAAUACUUGGAUAUAAUAAUACAGAGCAGCUGGACUGAAGAGGAAAUUGGAUGAGGAGCUGGAAAGAAAGUCGCCUCAGGAGGAAACUAUAAAAAUGUGUGACAGAAAAAGGGAAGACAACUUGAUACAGCAAUGUGCUAUAUGACAUGUGGAUUCAGAGCAUAAUUUUAAUAUACAUUAAUAACAGGAGAAAAGGGCAAUUUUGACUUGACUCUUUGGAAGACUCAAAGUGAAAAUGAAAAACUGAAGGAGAUUCUAUGAGAAAGUGAAGAGUAAAAGGGGCAGUAAUAACGAGAAAAAUUGCAGGAGUAUAGGAAUCAGCAAGGUACAAAAAAGAGGACUCAUUAGCAACUACGAGGCACAAGAGACUUGGUGACCACAAUGGCAGGAAGAGAAAGAGAUCAUUGAUGCUUAGAUUAACAUGAAUGAAGACACUAUAUGCAGUUUAUGGAAUUUUAUUGUAAAAAAUAUUUCCCUCCAGGAACUUUUAUCAGUUCUCACAAGUGAGAGAGCAUAUAUAUAUACUGGUGAAGGCAUAAGACAAGAUGUAGAGCUGGGCGAGUGCUGUCACCUGUUGUAAGGUGAUGCGGCCAAGUGGAAUCAUCGAAUGUUUUAGAAUUAGCAUGAGCCAGCAGGCUGACUACUGUGCUUCUCCAUAUAGAUUUAUGUAGUAGCAGUGUCAUAUCUAGUGAGAAUAAGUUUGGCCAGUGUGUCUGAAAUUAAGAACGAACCUGAUUUUAUUAAUGUGGUGCAUUUGUAGCGGCAGCAGAUUCCAGGCACAGCCCACUGGCCUGUCUGCUGUCUUGAUAGUUUGUCAUUGAAAAAGUUAGAUGUUUUUCUGUGCUGCAGUGAAUGGCACAGAUGUUGUUUAUGUUUCCUCCUUGGCAGUGGGUUCUGUAUUUGUUGAUCCUUGUGUUUGUGCUCCUGGAAGUUUCACCCAUGUAAAACUUAUCACAACCUGUCCAUGGUAUCGUGUAGAUACAGGCAGAGGCUGAUUAUAGAUCAGGAAAAAAUGGGAGGAAAAUGUGAUUGUCAUUUAUGGAGUGUAUAAGAAACCAGGAGGGAUUAGGCCAGCUGAAAUUUUUUCAAACGAUUUGGCAGUACUCUGUAUAUAUCUGGAUUGGGACAGAGAGAACACUAACCAGAACAUGUAAAAAGAAAAAAAGUCAUCAGUUACAGAAAAGAGACAGAGGGGGGGAGGGGUAACAGGAGGGUGGAAAACCCCAUUCUCCAAAAAUCUAUCAAGCCUCACCCUCUGCCCAUCUAUCAGAAGUAGCAACUUGAGCUUGCCCCUACUUCACAAAAAUAAAACCCCACCUUCCUCACUACAACUAUAACCCUGUCCUCUUCCCUUUUAACAAUGCCCACAUCAACCCCAGCCUUACCUCUCUCCCUGUCUUCACAGAUGCAGCAGCAAACGGAAAGCCUGGCCACCACAAACCACAGCAUAGUAAAAGAUAGGGCCCUCAGAAUAUGGUACACAAAUACAGAUGGAUAACCAAACAUGAGUAAUAAAUUGAAAGAAUGUAUAGCAGAUGUAAUGCCAGGGAUUACAAUCACAGAAUUGAAGUGAUAACGUGCAAUAUUCCCAAUAGGAUAUCAAGUAAGGAGGAAAUAAAAAUAAGGGAUGGGGAGAAAUUACACUGCUAAUCACAACCCAGUGGAACUUUGAAGAGAUGAGAGAGAGAAACAGAGAAGAAUCAUAUGACUACAUAGUAGGCACAGUCAAGACUGGGAUCUAUAGUGCAUAUUAGUAGCAGUGAUUAAUCUACCACCAGGUAGUCAGAGAUCAAGGCAAGAAAGCAGUGGUUAACACCAUAGCACAACCAGCAGGAACUUAUGUGGCCAAAGCAAAGCUACUAAUCAUGGAAAGAUUUCAGUCACAAAGAAAUAGUCUGGGCAAAUUAGGACCCCCAAAAAUUUCAGAAUUUGGACCCCAAGAAAUUUCAGUCAAAGAAAUAGUCUUGGAGAAUCAGGACCCACAUGGGGACCAGAAAUAUUGAGGACUAUGAUAAUGCAGUGGCUUAGCACUUCUUUUUGAUUAUAAUAAUAAUAAUAUGAUAAAUGGAGGUAGUGGUGAAAACGUUGUCAGAUUAUCAAGGACACAAUGACAGGAGAGAAUAAAUCGGUGAAACUGUUUAACGUAAUUACGUCUUAUAUUUAUGAAAUAGAAUAAUAUCCUCCAAGUGCUGGUGAUUAUAUAAUACCAAAUUUUGAAUACCUUGUGGAAGUAAACAUUGAGAGAAGAAUUAGCAGAUUGGGUAUGGGAGAAACCUAAUUUCAGAAGAGGAAAGGUCAGUGAAGGAGAUUAUGUAUCUUGUGAGAAAGUACCAGGAGGCAGAGAAGAAGAACAUGCCCAGAAGAUGACGACAAUAAUGGUAGUGGCAAAGAGAGCUUGUGGUCCAGCCAACAAUACAGAGGAAAAACAAGAAGGGCAAAAUCACGGGAAAACUGUAGAAAGCGGAGGACAGAAGCAAACGUAUUUUUAAAAAAUCAUAUGAAGUGUACAAUAAUUCUAAGAGCUUUAGUAUUCUGACUAAAAUAAUGGAUUUUGAGUCAGAAUAUUUAAUUUUAGUGGUAAGCAGAAAAUAAUCCCAAAACAAAUAUACAACUCGCAAGGCAUCCCAGCCACCUCUGUGGCAUACCAGCCAUCCUUCUCGGCCCUUUCCUUGGCCGUCAGUUUAGGGCUGAGGCUACACUCUUGGUCUCCCAGGCAAUUUCUGCCUUACCAACCAAUCCUCAGUCAUGCCCUGCAUGCCUACCAUGGACAUGCUAUACAAUAUAAAUAAUAAAUCCACAAUUCCUUACCACUUUCUCCAUGACAAAUGUUACAAAGCAGAAAGUGAAAAGUCAAGACCAGAUGAGCCGGUCAUUAAUAACGAAGCAAGAGGAAACAGUCCCCAAAAAAUCCAUCCUUGAAGAGAGCUCCACAGAUAAUCAAAUAAAACUGUAAUCAAGGAACGAGAAUGAUACAUAACAGAAAGGACUACCUUCUUGCCAUAAAGAUAUGCAUAAUAAGGCACUUGCAAACUACCCAAAGCUGUUGAAAGAAACUGUCAGAAGGUAAUAAGUGAUACCCAGUACCAGUCAUUGGAGACAAAACUACAAGGAUAUUUCCUUGUAGUUUUGUCUUCAAAUGGAAAAAUAAAAUACAUUAACCAAAUGAAAAAAGAAAAUACAUUAACCAAAUAUGAGGACCAGACUGAAGGAAGUUAUGCUGGAGAACUUGUGUACUCACACAUUAGGGACAUUACAAGAGAAAGCUGUUGUAGAGAGAGAUUAUGAACCCUCCCUGGGUGCAAACUAUCACAGUCUUAAGCUUCGACUACCUGGUACCAAACAGGAGACUCGACAACCAUGUACAGUACACUAAGAUAAAAGAAAAAUGAAUAGCCGAGGAUGACUUAACACCAUCAGCAGGAUGAGAAUGAGAGGCCACGGUUGGAAACUGAAAGAAAAGUGCCAAAAGGAUACUAUGAAGUAUUUCUUUACAAAUACCGGUGAAAAUGGUAAACUGUUGAAUGGGUAGUAUGUGCUGCAACCCCUGGAAACAUCAAAAAUAUAUCUAAAACUAAACAUUAAAGACAGGACACCACAAAUAUAGCUCUUGUAGCUACAAAUAUUUCUGAUACUCACACACACACAUCUGUUCAUAAUUAAAUGAGUAUCCCUUCAAGGGAUAAGAUGCCUUGAUGCUGGCAAAGCCUUGGUUCUUGGUCAUACCUCCCAUUCUCCAAGUGUUGUAUGGCAUCUCUGGGUCUAACACUUUACCAUGAUUGUAAUAAUGAUUGUGGUGUCCGUUCUUGUGAUUAGGUUAUAAAAUAAUUGUUUCCAGUGCUUAUAGCACAUACUAUUUCUAUCUUCUCUUGGUUCACAUUUCUUCACAAAUAGAGCUUAAGUAGGACCAGCAGGAAAUCAGAGCGUUACAAAUAGUGUAAAUUUUUUAAACAUAUCUUGUAAUGCUGUAUUGUAAAUUUAAGAGAGGAUGAGGACACUAUGAACUUAAGCUGUAAUGAACUCAAAUUAAGUUGUAAUAAUGUCAGUGAUUAAACGGGAUGUCAGUUUGUGGACCACGGUUUGAGUUCCAUGUCCACUCUUCUGUUUAUUCAUAAGCUCUGAACUUUAUCUGCAUAAAAGUUGUAACACAGAUACGCACAUUAUAAAGCACCACACAUUAUUCAGUUUACAAAUAUUUUGUUAUCUUCACAGACUCCAAGGUUUUGAAAGACUUUUGCCUGGGUGAGAUUACAAAGAGGGGAAAGCGGGUAAAUUAAAAAUCAAAGUGAGCUAAAGAUACACAUGAAAGAAUUUGAAUGUGAAGGUGUUAGACUAGUGUAAUAGCACAUGAUAGGAAAUAUUGGAGGCUAGCUCCUUGUUUGACUUCAUGUGUAUACAUAAUGCUGAAGGUCGCCCAAUUUACAGAUGCGUUGCAGUGCUGUUAUUUCCAGUUUACAAACAUGUUGCAUUGAUGUUAUCCCCAGUUUACAAAUUAGUUAUUUGCAUAGAAAAAUCAUAGUACAAAAGAUGGUUAUAUUUCACACGUUUGUACUGUGGAUUGGCUCCUAAGUCCCCUUUGUAAGUGACUGUUUGUAACUUGGAGCACUUGUAAGUUGGAGUUCUGAUGUAAUGCCCAAUGAAGCUUGGGAAGACUUAGCACUGGUUAAAUGGUAGCUAAGGGUUGAAACCCAGGAGCUAUAGUUCAGCCUUGCACUGUGGGCACCAGUGGUAGAACAAUGCAAUGGAUUACAAGAAAUUGCUAUAACCUCUGGAAAUACACAAUGAAUGGUAGCUUAAACACUGAAGGCACCAUGAACAUAAAAUGAUGGCCAGAUACACCAUGAACAUACAAUGAUGGCCAGACACACCAUGAACAUACACUGAUGGCCAGGCACCAUGAACAUACAAUGAUGACCAGGCACCAUGAACAUAGUGAUGGCCAGGCACCAUGAACAUAGUGAUGGCCAGGCACCAUGAACAUAGUGAUGGUCAGGCACCAUGAACAUAGUGAUGGCCAGGCACCAUGAACAUAGUGAUGGUCAGGCACCAUGAACAUAGUGAUGGCCAGGCACCAUGAACAUAGUGAUGGCCAGGCACCAUGAACAUAGUGAUGGUCAGGCACCAUGAACAUAGUGAUGGCCAGGCACCAUGAACAUAGUGAUGGCCAGGCACCAUGAACAUAGUGAUGGCCAGGCACCAUGAACAUAGUGAUGGCCAGGCACCAUGAACAUAGCUCUGCUCCCUCUUGUUACAAAUGUUUAAUCACAAUAACAAGUUAAUUUGAAGAGUUGCUGCACUGUGUAGGAAUAAAAACAGUUUUAAUAAUUCCAUUACACAAAACUUAAUGACUUCCAAGAAAAAUAAAAGUAUAUAUUUCGGAUGUGGAAAAGAAUUCUUCCACCAUAAGUCAUGCGGGUCAUAAGAGGCAACUAAAUUGCCGGGAGCAAGGUGCUAGUAACCCCUUCUGCAUAAAUUACUAAACGCGAAAAGAAAAACUUUUGUUUUUCUUUUUUAAGUCGCCCUGCCUCGGUGGGAUACAGCUGGUGCAUUGAAAAAAAAAUUUGUCACCCUGCCUCGGUGGGAGAUGGCCAGCACAUUAAAGAAAUGUGUUAUUUCGUGUCUGCAUUGCCCAUAUUACUAUCACUGUAUGUUCAGUGAGAAACAUGUGGAAAUAUUUUUGAUUUUUGGUACAGGUCGGCCAUCACUAAUCCGGCAGUCAGUUAUCCGGCACUGAUUUCAGCUAGCAUAAUUUCAAAUUUCAUCAUUAUACUGACUCAGAAAUAGUGCAGAUGGUUGUAAAUUCACAGCAGCAAGCCAGUGGAGGAGACAGCAGUGAUGAAAAUGAGGGAGACGUAGCAGAAAGAGUUUCUGUUGAUAGGUUAAUUAAGUGUAUUCAAACCUAACCACUCUGUAAUCCAGCAGACUCACUAAUCCGGCUCGCUACAGGUCCCAGUUAUGCCGGAUUACUGAUGGUCAACCUGUAUUGACAAAUUGGUUUUUAAAGCUAAUAAUGAAAUAAAAUCAAUUGUGAUGAAAUGAUUGUUUUAUCGUGUGCAAAUUUUAACCAAACUGCCGUAGAAUUGACCGUAAAUUGUGGUAAAUGAUCCAUAAUGAAUGUAAAUGUGUCUUAUGGUACUCAUUGUGAGAUACUAAUAAUAAUUAGUAAUAAUAAUUAUAAUAGUGUAUAAAUUUUACAAAAUUGUAUUGGCUUUGUAUUUUUUUCAUCUUGCUAUGCAAAUAUUUUGGUCCCUAGCUCUUCCAUUCCACCUGGUCCCAUGACCAGGUGGAAUGGAAGAGCUAGGGACCAGGUGGAAUGUUAGUAGAGACCAGGUUGAAUGUGAGCACUAAGAACCCAGUGGAAUGUGAGAACUAGGGACCAGGAAGAAUGUGAGGGAUAGAGAUCUGGUGGAUUGUGAGAACUAGGGACCAGGAAGAAUGUGAGGGAUAGAGAUCUGGUGGAUUGUGAGAACUAGGGACCAGAUAGAAUGUGAGGGAUAGAGACCCAGUGGAAUGUGAGAACUAGGGACUAGGAAGAAUGUGAGGGAUAGAGAUCCGGUGGAAUGUGAGAACUUCUUCUUCUUCUUCUUCUUAUGACCAGAGCUUUGGUAAGAUGGGUAAGGAAGAAGGAUGGGUAAGGAAGAAGGAUGGGUAAGGAUAGAAAUAUUGGAAAAGGGUGGGAAGGGGGAGAGAGGUAGGAUAUAAAAGGUAAGUGGCCCAACCACUUUGGUGUAAUUUAAAAAGUGUAUGUGAAAUGAUAAGAUAUUCUUUAAGGGGUAUAAUACUAACCCAUCAGAGUCACAUAGAUAUAACAGAUAUAUAAGUACAUGACUCUGAAUUGGUAGUAAUUAUACAAGUUGCAAUUGCUUUUUUUUGCGAUUGCACAACGGAUAUUUAUGCGACAAUGAAGGCAAUAAUUUUCUGGUCAGUUUAUGGAACUACGUGACAAUGGCUUCUUACAGGUGGUGUCCAGCCAUAGUAAAUAGCAUAAUUUUUACAUUAGAUUGUUAUAUAAGAUGUCUCCCUAAUUGGGGGCGAUGAUUUUCUCAGUAUACAUAGAAGGGUUCUGGUGUUACCCAAUCUUCAUCAGGGAGGUUGCUCAAUAUCAUGGGUCGAUGGUAAUCAUCUUUAUGGAUAAAACGACGGACCCUCUGUGGGAGAGUCAUUCUUUGAGUCCUGUGAGGAGGAGUAUUGAUGAUGUAAUCUGUGGUAUUUACCACUUGUAUAGGAUGUUCUCUAUCUGGCAUGUAUAGUUCUUGCAUUGUAUAGAGUUGUUUCUUUUUUAGGGUGUCAAGACAUACAUUUAUGGCAGUAAUAUCUUGUUGUAUGUGUAAAUCUGCCAUUUUAACUCUGUCUCUCCUCCUGGUAUCAGUAAUGAAGCGAAGAGCUCUAUUCUGGACCCUUUGUAACCGUAGCAUAUUGGCCUUUGUUAAUGACAUUGGGACACAAGGGUAUUAGAGUAUAGGUCUUAUUAUCAUUUUAUACAGAUGUUUUUUGACAUGUUGAGGGGCUUGAUUGAAUCGAAAGAGACUGCUAAGACCGGCUUUGGCUAUGUUGAUCUUUUUAGUUACAUGAGAUGUUGAGUGGAGCAGCCUGUCUAUUUCAUAUCCCAAAAUCUUGUUAGGGUUUCUAAUGGCUACAGGUGUACCUCUGAUGGAGAUACCCCCUUUAUCUUCAAUUGUUGAUGCAAAACAUCCUAUUGUGCUAACAAGGACCUUGUCAGGAUUAGUCGUAAUUCUCCAUUUCUUUUCCCAAUUAGAUGUUCGACGAAGUUCAAUAUUCAUUUUUUCUAUGACUCUUUCAUACUUGUAUUUUCCUGUUACCGGAGUUGAUGAGACGACAUGAAUAACAUCAUCUGCAAACUGUGUCACAAUUGUAUCAGUAAACUCUGGUUGAGGAAGGUCAUUCACAUAAAUGUUGAACAGAACUGGACUGAGACAAGAACCUUGUGGGACACCAGCUGUCGGUAUAAAAGGCUCUGUCGACCUGCCAUGAAAGGUGGGAAUGAUUUUUCUUUGAGUUAAGAAAUUAUAUAUUACUCUGAGAAAAGUCCAGCUAUGGUCUGGUAGGCCAAUGAGUUUGUAUAUAAGGCCAUCAUGCCAUAAGCUAUCAAAAGCUUUAUGAACAUCUCUGGUGGCAAUUAAGGCAAGAUUGCCCUGAUGUUUUAGACUUGCUACAGUAUCGAAAAUAACAUUUAUUGCAUGAUUGGUACCUCUGUGUUCUAAAGCCAAAUUGUUUUUCAGUAAAAAAGUGAUUAAACUCCAUAUAGUAGUUCAAUCUGUUGGAAAUGACCUUCUCAGGAACUUUUUGUGAGAACUAGGGACCAGGUAGAAUGUGAAGGAUAGAGACCCAGUAGAAUGUGAGAACUAGGGACCAGGUAGAAUGUGAGGGAUAGAGACCCAGUGGAAUGUGAGAACAAGGGACCAGGCAGAAUGUGAGGGAUUGAGAUCCGGUGGAAUGUAAGUACUAGGGACCAGGAAGAAUGUGAGGGAAAGAGACCCAGUGGAAUGUACUAGGAACCAGGUGCGGUGUGAGGGCUAGGAACCAGGUGCGGUGUGAGGGCUAGGAAGCAGGUGCGGUGAGAGGGCUAAAUAAAAGGUGAAACGAGGACUCAACACUUAGUGAAACAUAAGAAUAAGUCUGAUGUCUUUCAUAACUACUUAUUCUCAGUAUAAUUUCAAUAUUGAUAUAAAAAAUCCAUGAUUAAUCUCUCACUGUUUUGUGAGUCAGGUUAGUGAAAUUUGUGUUUGUGGCAGCUAGCCCAGUUCCCCUAUGGUGGAAUACUUCCUUAUGGACCAUAAUCCUUUUUAUUUCCAAUAUUAUCAGUGAGUUUGUCAUUACGUGGAAGAAUACGUGUUUGUGUGCCUGUCUCUUACUCAUGAAAAAAGCCCGUCUUUGAGGGAUUCUAUCAUGAGAAAAGCCUGUCUGAGGGAUUCUAUCAUGAAAAAAGCCUGUCUUUGGGAUUCUAUCAUGAGAAAAGCCUGUCUGAGGGAUUCUAUUAUGAGAAAAGCCUGUCUGAGGGAUUCUAUCAUGAAAAAAGCCUGUCUUUGAGAGAUUCUAUCAUGAGAAAAUCCUGUCUGAGGGAUUCUAUCAUGAGAAAAGUCUAUCUUUGAGUGAUACUAUCAUACUAGGCACUUGUGUAACUAGUGUCAGCAGUGUGUAUAAAAUUUUAAAACAUAAUAUAUAUAUAUUGUGAUUUUUAAUCCAUUUAAUUUUGCUCUAAAAAAAAUUAUCUUGAAAUAUUGUAUAUAAAUUUUUGUAUUUGUUUUUAAUGAUUAUUGAAGUUGCAGAAUAAAGUGUGUCCAUUAGCUUUGAAAGUAAUGAUAUUGGUAUGACUUACAAAAUCGUAAUAAUAUGAUUGUAAACAGACCACGGAAUGAGCAGGGUUGGAACCCAUGGCAACGAGUCGUAAAACUCCAGACAACUGGCCUGGAGUUUUACGACUCGUUUGCCAUGGGUUCUAAUCCCACCCGUUCCAUGGUUUGGUCUUGGUAUAGCGCAUUACAGUGGAACCUCAGCUUUGGUAUGCCCGGUUGUUUGUAAAACUAUAGUUAUUCUCUAUAAAAUGUAUUUUUUUUAAUAUUGUUGGAUGUCUGGAAUGGAGUAAUUGGAUUUACAUUAUUACUUAUGGGAAAUAUUAACAAAAAAUACAUUUUAUAGAAAAUAACUACACCUACCAUCCGACUUACAACUGAGCUUCGUUUCGACCAACCGGCCGUAAGUCAAAAUGGAUGCAAGUCGAACCAUUACUACUGAAUAUCAACAUCACAGUUAUUGUAAUGAUUUUAUUUUGUUUUAUUUUGGUAUUUCAUGUUUUACUUUACUUUUUAUGCUGUUAGUACUGUAUUUUAUAAUGUAAGACUUUAGGAGAUACACUGUGUACAACACAGACGGUUGUUUAUUUCCCAGAACAUUUGCAUACAAAACAUGGUCGUAAGUCGAGUGGUCAUAUGUCGAACAGGUCGUAAGUUGAAUGGUAGGUGUAUAGUCAUACAUACAACCUAGGGCAUACGAAAACCGAGGUUCCGCUGUAUAUAUUAUUUUUAUUGCUGACAUUUCUUAGUCAGGUGUUGUAUUUAACAUACAUUAUUGUACAUCUUGAAUGAGCAAUAUAACAUCGUUUCUCGAGCUAUAUAACCCACGUUUUCAACUAUUUAUUGCUAUGUGGUUUCAUGGCCUUAGUCUUCACUCUCCUGUUGCUAAAUUUGUAACAAGGAUGGAUAUCUACUAGCAGAUUCUAUUGUUACUUUUAGUUAGAAACUUUUAGUAAAUUAUUACAAGGUGAAAAGUUUGUUAUAAAGUUAAAUAAAAAUUAGAAGAUAUUAAAUAAUUUUUUAUUAUAGAAUAUGGUGGUACCUCGGGACGCGAACUUAAUUUGUUCCAGAAGGCUGCUCAAGCGCCGAUACCGAACGAAUUUGUUCCCAUAAGGAGUAAUGUAAAUUAGAUUAAUCCGUUUCAGACCCCCAAAAAUACACUUACAAAAGCACUUACAUAAUUGUUCGAGUUUUGAGCUGUUCGUAUCCUGAGGUACCACUGUAUUUUGUAUAUUGCAACUAACAGUGGUUCAAAUUCUGACAUGGGGUUGAGAAACAUAUGUAUAGUUUGUGUAAACAUUGUGUCUCAUGUGUCAAGUCUGUCAGACAAGUCAGACUCGAAGUCCGUCUUUCUGAAUAUUUUCUUGUGCAUUGAUAUAUUUCUUGCGAAUAAUAGUAUAUAAAUUUUUUGUUUUAUGCCAAAACUUCACCAACCAGAUCUAGCCUUGUUAAAAUUUAUGAUAUAUAAAAAUUGGUGAAAAACAAUAUACAGUGGAACCUCGGCUUACGAAUCUAAUCCGUUCCAUGGACUUGUCCGUGUCCUGAUUUGUUCGUAUACUGGGUCAAUUUUCCUAAUUUAAAUUAACUGAAAUCCAAUUAAUUCGUUCCAGCUGAAUUCCUGCUCUCAGGAGGCAUGACAGAAUAACCUUAAUAUCAACUUUACGGCUUAUUUAUCUGUCACAAUUCAUCUAAUAUGACAUAAUAAACAACAUAAAUAACAUAGAAACCUGAUAUACACUUUAAAAUGAAUAAAAUAUGUCAUUACAUGGACGGCGGAGAGAGGAGGAUUGUGGUUGCACAUUCUUGCUAUGGAAACGUCAGAGGUGUUAUUAUAAGAGAAAAUGGAGUUUGUGAGAUUGACUGAAUUAGAUCUGGUGUACAUACGACAUUUACAUACCUUGGAGAAGAAAUGCAGAGCGCGUAUCCUGUCAGGAGUUCACACUUUUCUUAAGAACUGCAAUGUACAAUUUUUACGUUUAUCUCGCUACACUACGUAUCUCCUGUGAGCUGUUUCUCCGUCAUGUCAACACCGGCUUUUCCAUCUUUUAAAUAACAAAAAGGCACAAUACCGUGACUGGAACGAUACACAAAUAACCCGUCAAUGGUCCAAGUCGGACUGAAACGUCGUCGUAAGCUUCUCUCUUUUUCCAUCUUUUCAUUGACAGAGGUCCGCUGCUUAGAAAUUACUGUAAUGCCCUUUGCUGGUGCUAUAGCCUUUAUGGACUACUACUGCUUUAUUAUUGUACGUAUAGUAGAGGGGCUACGCUUGUACUCAAUCACCAAGUCCUUAACCCUCAUAUCUAGUCUGUGCUUAACCCUUUGACUGUCGCGGCCGUAUAUAUACGUCUUACGAGGUACCGUGUUUGACGUAUAUAUAUUCAUAAAUUCUAGCGGCUUCAAAUCAAGCAGGAGAAAGCUGGUAGGCCCACAUGUGAGAGAAUGGGUCUGUGUGGUCAGUGUGCACCAUAUAAAAAAAAAUCCUGGAGCACGCAGUGCAUAAUGAUAAAAAAAAAACUCCGACCGUUUUUUUUUUAAUUAAAAUGCCGACUUUGUGGUCUAUUUUCGUAUAGUAUUUAUGGUUGUAUUCUCGUUUUCUUGGUCUCAUUUGAUAGAAUGGAAAACAUAUUAUAGAAAUAGAGGCGAUUUUGAUUGAUUUUGCUAUAAAAAGAACCUAGAAAUGCUCAAAGUAGGGGAAAUGUUUGAUUUUUGCCAAUGUUCAAAAGUAAACAAAUUAUGCCAUUGUCCAAUAAAUGUCCAACUAGCCAUUCUAAUAUGCAGUCAUGAAUGGGUUGAUUGUUAUUUAUACAAUUAUUACAGCAUUGCAGUAGUCUGCAUAAUAGUAAGUCUUCUAUUUUUUUUUUUUUUUUUUGAAUAAAAAUUCAAAAUAGAAAGCAAGAGUAAUAUCAGAGGGGCCUGGAAACACGACUGAUGAGCAAAGAAAAUGGUAUUUUAGAGCCAGGAAUGUCUGCAUUGUUCAUUUUGGACCUUAUUUUGAAAUUGUCAUAUUUUUUAGUUUUCGUGAAAUUGGCCAAAUUGCAAAUUUCUGACCACAUUAUUAGGUAGUUGAAAUCGGUAAAUGGGCAGUUUCUUGUACUCAAUCGAUAGAAAAAAUGGAGUUCUAAAGAAAUAGCUAUGAGUUUGGGCGACUGGAACAAGGAAUUAGCCGAAAAUAGGGCUCAAAGUGGGCGAAAUCGCCGAUUUGUAAACAGCGCCAAGGUCGCUAACUUCGCGAGAGCAUAAUUCCGUCAGUUUUCCAUCAAAUUUCGUUUUUUUGGUGUCAUUACAAUCGGGAAAAGAUUCUCUAUCAUUUCAUAAGAAAAAAUAAUUUUUUUUUUUAAAUUUUGCGACACCAGGAGACACCUCAGGAUUGGGGGUUGCGACAGUCAAAAUGUUAACGAUUUCUUGCUUUAAUUCCAUGCAAAUCAUCCUCUUUUUCUUCUCGGCGCCGUCCUCGGCACUUGCUUUCUUAGGACCCACGGUUAGAAGGAAGAAAUCUGGCAAAUUAACUGCACGAAACAUAAGGAAAUCACUAGAAUUUCUUGCACCGCAAGGGUAACUCCGUGAGCACAUGUGCACUGGAGGCCAUUGUUUUGAUACACUGCCAUCUGGUGGUGGUGGUGGUGGCAAACUAAAUUAUAUGCAGUACGUACAUAUUAUUAUUAUUGUACUAUUACAUAUUAUUAUAUAUUUUAUUAUACUAUUACUAUUAUAUAGUAUUGUUAUUAUUAUAUGUAAUUAUUAUGUAUGAUCAUCAUUAUUAUUAGUACUUGCGUAUUAUUAUAUUAUUAUUAAUUUAGGGACCUGGAGCACAGAUCCAAUUCCCGAGAUCAAGAUCCCCUCCCCACAUACGUACUACUACUACUACUAAUAAUUAUUAUUAUUAUUAUAAUAAUACAAUAUAAUAAUAACAGUAAGGAGAAACUUCAAAAGGCUGCCAAUAGUUGGCACCACCAUCAGCAAAACAUUGGUAACCACUACUAGUACACUUUUCACCUGUCUAGACUUAAGUAGUCUAUUAAUAUUAGGUUAAGUCUGCCCGAAAUGCCUCGGCAUGAUAGUGGCUUUCUUUGCUCCAAUCAUAUUAUAUGUAAACACACAUUGUAACCUUUGCAAAGAAAUAAAUAUUUUAUUUA